AUGCUUGCUGAGCGUGUUAUACAAAGUAUCCACCAAGAUCAUCUUCACGCGCAUAUCCAUUACUCCCAUCCCAAGUCCCAAGAACAAGUUGGAUUACGUCAGGGGUUUAGCUGCCUGGACCACAUCCAGACCGUGUCGAGGGUCACAGAGGUUUGCCGGGAACGCCGCCUGCCUCUUGUUCUAACCUUCCUCGACUAUGAGAAAGCCUUCGACAGCGUAGAAACGAAUGCAAUACUAGAAGCUACGGACCAAUUGACGGACCAAGAUCUUCGUGCCCAUCUGUUCGACUCGACAGUCCUUCCAGCGCUCUGUUACGCAGCGGAGACGUGGGCAGACACCGCUGCCACGUCCAGGAAGCUUCUUACUACCCACAGAGCCCUUGGGAGAUGUCUUUUGAGAGGAUUGUCCCGUCUUUGCGACCCAGCGGAAUAUGUAUCGAAAGCAAAACAUAGAUGGGCCGGUCACAUCAUGAGAAGAAUCGACGAUAGAUGGACUAAAAGAACGCUAGAGUGGAUCCCAAGGGACACUAAACGCCUCCGAGGGAGACCGCCAACGAGAUGGAGUGACGUGUUCGCUGCACGGAUGGACCAGCUGAGAGCUCAGCUGGAUAAAGGACCUCGUCAACGUCACUCACGAAAUUUGAGAACAUCUUGGAUGACAAUGGCGAGGGAACGAAACGAGUGGAAGAGAUGCUGA